AUGGGCAAGGGGGCUCAUGAGGCUGCUGAUGCGUAUCUGAAGAAGCAUACUGGGUACAAGUAUGUUGCAAAGCCAGCGGCAGGUGGUGGAGGUAGUGGAAAGAAUGGGAAAGGCGGGAACAAUUAUGUUGGCGGGAAGAAUUGGGGUGGGUUCAAGAACGGCGGUGCUGGCGCGAAGGGUGCAGGUGGCCUUGGGCCUAAAACCCCCCAGCCUUCGGAAACAACACUACCAACGACAAUCGCAAGUUUGGACAGCAGCAACGGAGGUAGCUACAAUGAAAAUGAAGACAGUACUGAGUGGGGUCAACGCAUCGCUGUCGGUGAAACCAAACUGUCCGUUCACUUUCGCUUCGCCAAGGAAAUUACCAUCCACAAUCUAGAGCGAUAUGCAGCCGGUGAUCCGAGCUACGAGAGAGUGAAUUUUGAUAAUAUCGCCACCUGUCUCAACUUGGUAAUCUCCAAGAGUUUCAACAACCAAGUACGCAAACUCUCCGCCAACAAGUUCUUCGUCAAGAGUGCACGCGUACCUCUCGGGACUGGCUCGGAAGCAUCUGAUUCGCUUGAAAUAAUCCGUGGUUAUUUCUACAAUGUCAAACCUGGUAUGGGCAACAUCAUCCUCAACUUCAACCUCUCCACCAGCGCUGUCUUUCAUUCGGUUCUCGUGGCCGACUUCCUGUACAAGAACAACACUUUUGCGUCCAGCGCUAAGACCAUACUGAUUGGCAAGAACGUCUAUGUUGACGCUAAGCAUUAUCAUGAGGAUCCUGAAAAGCAGAAAUACUUCAAUAGUGAAGAUUCCCGUUACUGGAAGGUUUCGCGGCUGUCUCAAGAGAACAUCGAGUCUUUGACAUUUUCCAAGUCGAAGAUGGUGGAUAGCAAUUCCGUCGUUGAACAGAUCUAUGGGAUUGAUCACUUAGAGCAAGUCUUCCGAAAACGCCCCACUCCUGGUCGACCCGCGGUCAAUGUUGGGACGGGUGACCGUCCGGUUUGGUAUGCACAGGAGCAUUUGCGAAUUGUACCUUAUCAGCCAUACACAAAACCGGUUCCGGACCAGUUCACAUCGUCUAUGGUCAACGAGGCUUGUCGGUCGCCGGAACUCAACACAGUCCGCAACAAUCAAUUAAAUAGCAAAUGCGGCCUUUCACCUCAGCAGGUCACGCGUAUCAGUGUCGACAGGAUCACUCCAUUCCUGGCCUCGAAUAAUGAGACGGAAUUAAAAAAGAAACUCAUUGGAGCCGUAACAGAAGGCGCGAAACUUUUUAUCCUGGUAGUGGAGAAGUACGAUACGACCAUCUACCGGGAGCUCAAGAACCUGGCCGACCGCGUUGUGGGUAUACAAUCCUUAUGCGUAGUCGAGCAAAUGAAAAAGACCGACCGUUGGUUUGACGAUAUGAUGAGAAAUGUCAUGAUGAAGCUGAACCUCAAACUUGGCGGUAUUAACCAUGUCGUCGAUGCGGUGCAGACUAGACUCAAGAGCCACACUGUGGUUCUCGGUGCUGACCUUGUUCAUCCAUCCGGUAAUCUCCCUGGUGUGCCUUCUAUUGCCUCAAUCGUGGGCUCGGUCGACAACCAUGCUGGCAAAUGCCUGGGUUCCAUGCGUCUACAGGGUAUUGACACUACAGAUCGCGAGCUAAUCAUCGAGAUGGUCACCGAGCGCCUCCACGCCUGGGCUGACUUUCACAAGGGACAACUGCCGGCUAAUAUCAUCUACUACCGCGACGGCGUGUCGGCUGGUCACUACGCCAAAGUAAAAAAGGACGAACUCACAGCCAUCCGCACUGCGUACACCGCAGUUCGCAAAACCAAGGGCCUAAAGCCACAGGGUCUCAACCUCACCGCCGUCAUCGUAACCAAGCGCCAUCACACACGCUUCUACCCAACCAGCGAUGGUGAAACGGAUAAAAUUGACUUCUACUUACAAUCGCACAGCGGCAUCAAGGGAACAGCGCGUCCAACCCACUACUUUGUUCUUGAGAACAAAGUCCCAGGCUUGACGCUAGAAGCUCUCCGCGAUUUGACACACGACCUCGCCUACUCCUACGUCCGCUCGAUGACACCCGUCUCCUACGUUCCGCCCACAUACUACGCCGACCGGCUAUGCGAACGCGGCCGUCUGUACGUGCGCCGGUUCCUCGUGGGUGACGACUUGAACUUCAGGAUGGAGGUCGAUGCCGCCAGGGAUAAACUCCGGGCGCAGUUAAAAGUGAAGAGGAAGGAUGAGUUUGGAGACGACAAGGACGGGAUGAUUGGGAAGGAGCAGAUAAGGAAGAGGAUGGAUGAGGAUACGGUCAACAAGGAUGUGAAGAAGUGGGUGUUUGAGAAGAUCAAGGAGGAGUUUAAUAGCUAUAUGGUGCGGGGUGCUGCCUAG